CUAAUCUCUACGUCAUGAAUAUUGCUUUGGAUACAUUAAUUUUGCAGCGAAAGCAUGCACUCCAAUAACAUUGAUACGGUUAGAGCCCGGCGUGAACCGCCAACUGUCAAGACCGUUAUGCAUUUUUCGCGUGGGAAGACGACGGCCUUAUAAAACUCCCACUCUCUUCCGUUGUCUCAGGAGCCUUCACCCUAUUACAUUCUCCAUUUCUCUUGCUCCCCUUUUUCUCCCAACCAACGCUCACAACUUAGAUUCAACCCGCAAAAAUGGCGGACCUCGAUGUCUCUCAGAAUGGAGCUUCUCUCACUCUUACUCAUAAUCAAUCGGCUUUGAUCUUCUUAGGUACUGGCUGUUCCAGCGCUGUCCCCAAUGCAAUGUGCCUGAUUCAGCCCUCUGAUCCCCCUUGCCGCAUCUGUUCCCUUUCCCUCUCCCUUCCACCUGAGAAAAACCCUAAUUACAGGUGCAAUACAUCUCUUCUCAUUGACUAUUGCCAACCAGAUGGCAGCCAUCAUUAUAUUUUAAUUGAUGUAGGGAAAACAUUCAGGGAGCAAGUACUACGAUGGUUUACUCACCAUCGGAUUCCUAAAGUGGAUUCAAUUAUUUUGACUCAUGAACAUGCUGAUGCGAUUCUUGGGCUGGAUGAUAUACGUGCUGUGCAACCUUUUAGUGCUGUAAAUGAUAUUGAUCCUACACCAAUUUACCUCAGUCAGCAUUCAAUGGAAAGCAUUUCAGUGAAGUUUCCUUACCUAGUCCAGAAGAAACUUAAAGAAGGCCAAGAAGUGAGACGUGUGGCACAGCUUGACUGGAAGAUAAUUGAGGAUCAUCACGAGAAGCCAUUUGUUGCAUCAGGCUUGCGAUUUAUUCCUUUGCCCGUUAUGCAUGGAGAAGAUUAUAUAUGUUUGGGGUUUCUUUUUGGUGAAAAUUAUAGAGUAGCUUAUAUUUCUGACGUUUCACGAAUUCCUUCAAGUACAGAACAUGUCAUUUCAAUAAAUGGAGCUGGGCAGUUGGAUCUUCUUAUCUUGGACACGUUGUAUAAGAAUGGAUCCCAUAACACUCACUUUUGUUUCCCUCAGACCUUGGAUGCUGUGAAGAGGUUAAAUCCGAAACGAGCCAUGUUAAUUGGAAUGACACAUGAAUUUGAUCACCAUAAGGACAAUGACUUCCUGCUUGACUGGUCCAAAAGGGAAGGAAUUCCAGUGCAGCUUGCUCACGAUGGUUUAAGAAUUCCUGUAGACCUAUAAACAGGUAUGGUUUACAUUUACCACGAUUGAAGCACCUUGGAUUUCAUCAAUGUCUUAUAAAUACUUGAAUAUUCUAUGUGCAGGUCCUGAUCGAUAUAAGAUUACGUCCCAUGUGUUUUAGGAGGAUACAAUACAUUCUUUUAGAAACUUAACCGUAAACUUGACGGCUAUACUGUAGGGGCAAAGAAACAUUUAUACAAUUUGUUAUUGAGAGUGAUGGAAUCAGAAUGGAAAGGCGAUUAAGAAGGUUAUUAUUUUUUUUUUUCAAUACCAUCUGAUCGUAUCGUUUUGUGCAUUAUCAGCAAUACAGCAUCAGAUGAUUUUCAUGCACUUUCUUUUUUAGAAGUUAUGUGAAGUGGAAAGCGAAGAGUUCGUUGUGGAGUUAGAAUUGUAAACGUUCAUUAAAAACUUACUUGGAAACCCUGUACAAAUUUUAGUGGCAGUGUAUGUGGCGAAAGGUAGUUUCUUCCA